UGCUACUGAUAUGGCUGCAUCGCAUCUGCAUCUGCCAAGUACCUUAAAUAACUUUGAGUAUCAUCCACCAACUCAAUUCUCAGUCCUUUCUGCUCUGCUGACUCCCGCCCGGCAUCACAUGGAGCCCUUCAAAAUGUCCCAAUUCGACGCCCGGCCAUCGCCAGGCCAUAAAACCCCGACCAGCAGCAACAGCAGCAGUCAGUCAGUCCCUCAAUGCAGUAUCUUCUCAUGAAACCCGCCUUUCUGUUGGCCGUCCUAGCGACAGCCACCACAGCGCCAACCUGGACCCAGAUCAUCUGGCACGACAUUCAAGCUGCGACCAGCUGCACUGCCUGCGAGACGCUGCUCAAUUCACUUCAACAAGCAUCUCAACUCGGUCCAUCGACCCUCCAGACCAUCCUCACCGAAGUAUGCAUGUUAAGCAAGAUCCUCGACGCCGACUUCUGCACCGGACUCAUAGGCCCCCAAGUCCCCAGCGCAUACUAUGUGCUUCGUCAACUGUCCAUUCCAUCAGACACCGCGCAAACCUUAUGUGCCAGCGUGUUGGAUUUGUGUCCGUAUCCGCCGAUUCCUCCUAUCAAACUGACCUUCCCUCCCCCAUAUUUCCCUAUCACCACCGCCACUACUACUACCCCAAACAACUACAAAUAUGACAACAUAACCCUCCGAAUCGCCCACAUCACCGACACCCACGUCGACCUCCAAUACACGCCCGGCACAAGCACCCACUGCCGCAAGCCCAUCUGCUGUCGCCAAUACCACGCCCAUGAUGCCCCAGGCCGGUCCAAAACCCCAUGCUCAACCUGGGGAAGCCCACACUGCGAUCCUCCACUACGACUACUACACAACAUGCUCUCCACACUACAAUCACAACAACCACACCUAACCCUCUUCACCGGCGACAUCGUCGCCCACGACAUCUGGAACACAAGCCAGACAUCAGUGCUAGCAAGCUUCAACGCGACCAACUCCGCCCUCCACACCCUACUAAACAACAACAACCACCACCCAAUCUACUCCGCCAUCGGAAACCACGACACCCACCCCGUAAACAUCUUCCCAGGGAGUCUCAACAUCCCAAAAGAACUAAACGUAGAAUGGACCUACACCGCACUAACCACCCACUGGAGAACACUCCAAAACAACCCUACUUUAAAAACUACUACAUCCGGCGCAUACGCAACAACACAUACCCUCCCUCCCACAUCACCCACACAAGAACAAACCCAGCCCCCAAACCCGAAAAUAAAAAUAAAAAUAAUCUCCUACAACAGCAACCUCUACUACCGACUCAACCUCCUCUACACGACUCCCAUGCCAGUCGACCCCAUGGCCCAGUUCACGUGGCUGAUCGACGAACUCCACACUGCGGAACAAGAGGGGGUUAAAGUCCUUUUGAUAACGCAUAUCCCUAUCUCGAGUAAAGAUACUUUACCUGCGUAUGCGAAUUCCCUACGGGAAAUACUCUAUAGGUACAAGGAUACAAUCGUGGGUGUGUUCUGUGGUCAUGGACAUGUUGAUACGUUUGGGGUGUUUUAUCGUUCUCAUUCUUCUGGUAUUAGUAAUGGGGGUGCUGGUAGUCGGGAUAGUGAUAGUGAUAGUCAUGAGAAUCAGGGGCACCGGCAAGGGAAGAUCACUGUGGAGAACAACAACAUCAACGAGGUGACAGUGGAGAAAGGAGAAGUGAUAGGCGUGGAGAUGAUGGCGCCGGCGAUGACGCCUACGUCGGGGUAUUCUGCUUUUAGGGUGUAUGAUGUGCAGUUUAGUGGUGGUGGGGAUGGUGGUGGGUGGAAGGUAUUGGAUUUCGAGGAGUAUGUUGCGAGAUUCCCUCCGUUUGUACAUGGUCUUCAGGGGGGUAGUGGUGAGAUAGAACCGCAAUGGUUCAGGUAUUACUCUGCUAUGGAAGCUUACGGGAAGUAUGUCUAUCCUAAUGGGGCUGGUAUCGGUACUAAUGGCAUUGGUGCUGGGGCGGAGGCUGGGGGCGGUGCUGCUGCUGCUGCUGCUGCUGGCAUUGGACCGCACUUCUGGGCGAAGCUGACGGAUGUUAUAGAGACGGAUUGGAAUGUGUUUAACCAGUAUUGGGCCAGACGGACUAGGGGGUACGAUGUCUUAGUUUGUGGGAGGGGGUGUCGGGAGAAGGAGAUUUGUCGGCUGAGAGGACAGGAUUGUCAGUCUAAAAGGGGGAUGGACGAUGAGGCUAUUCCUACGGAUGUGGGAAGGGAAGGAAGCGCUCUGGCAAAUUGGCUAAGACAGGUUCAACAGUCUUAUUCUUCUUCUUCUUUCUCUUAUUCAUUCUAAUCGUGAUACAUACACGUCAGUCAUACUGCAGAUAGAUUCGUCCCCAGGACAAUCUAAAGAAUGUGUGUGUGUGUGUGCUAAGGUAU